AUGUCGUCUGGCCGUAGCGGCAGUGUGAGCUCCAAGGGCAGCAACAAGUCGGACCGCCCUCAGGCAGCAACCCUUCAGCUCAUCGAGGGCCUCACAACACACCGCAUCAACACCCUCACGGAGCUCUGCCGCAUCGAGCGUAUCGCAGCCGCGUGCCAGGACGAGGCCGACGCGCGUGCCUUCCAGCAGCCUAUGACGGCGGCAUGGAUCCACUAUGUGACGAGCCACCAGCUGCUGACCGAGCUGCGCGGCCUCACGCCCUCGUUCCCCUUCAGCGGCGAGGUUGUCCGCGACGCCUACACCCGCGUGCGCGUCGACCCGGACAGCAACCGCAGCUGGAACCUGGCCUGGCUGUGCCUGCGCCGCAUGCGCGACGACGGGCUCCUGCGCGCCUACGCGGCGAGGGAGGCGGCGCGCCCGGAGAUGUGGGCGGGCGGGCAGCCGGCCGAGGAAGAGGUGCUCCGGCUGGCGGCGUGCUUUGAAGGCGAGUGGGUGGCUGCCGUGGACACGAUGCUGCGGCACUGGCACCAGCCACCGGCUUGGUAUUGA